AUCGAGCGCUAUGACAAAUAAAAAACAGUGGUUUUGCGAAUUGUUUAUACGAAUGUUUGUUUAAAACAGUGAAAAGUGCAAUAUAAAUAUAUUUAUUAAUUGUAAACUAUGAUUAUUUAAGCAAAAUAAAGUGUUUUUAAGUGUUCGUGCAGUAGUAACAAAGACGGACUCAAACGAUAGAAAAAUGAGCUGUCACUACAGAGAUAUAAUUCCGGCCUAUUUGGAUGACUUUAUCAAGGACUUUGAUUGCCGUGACGUUGAGGAAAUCCUACGUGAAUUAAUUAAAAAAUAUGAAGUGGAUCUUAUAGUCAAAUCACCACAGCCCAUUCUAAGUCUAUUUUGGAUAUUACGCGAUCAAACUGAUGAGAUUGUAGAUAAGUUUAUUGCCUCACUUGACGACACGAGUCAUGCAAUUAAUUACGGGUUUCUUAUCAAACCGAUGAAACGUCAGCUCGAUCUGAUUAAUCAGCAAAGCGAGCAUCGCAAUUUAAGUCUAGAGCAUUACAUAAGCGAGGCAGAUCGCCUCUAUAACGAUAAUCAAGCCUUCUCAGACUACAAUGUGCAUCGCCUUGAGCCCUAUAUGCAAUUGCAGGAGGCGCUGCUUAAGUUGAGGCCCUGGAAGAAUGUAGUAGUCGGUGGUGUGCUGGGCGCAGGCAAGCAAUGGCUUUGCUUGGACGUCUGCAGUUCAUACAAGGUGCAGAAGUGCAUGGACUUUAAGAUAUUCUGGUUGAACUUGCGCAACUGCACGACGCUCGAGAGUCGAUUGCGAGAGCUGCAAGCAUUUUUGCACCAGCUGGCGCCACACUUAAGCACACCCAGCAGCCAAAGCAUUGCGCCACGCAUUGAUAUUGUGACCACUGAACUGAAGCACAUACUCAACGACAAAACCAAUAAAAAUUGUCUGCUCGUGCUGUGCAAUGUGCAGGAUGUGGAAACAUUCAAGGCAUUCAACUUGGGCUGCAAAAUAUUGAUGACCACACGCUAUGAGAGCGUUAUUAGCUACAUGUCCGCCAAGACCACAACACGCCUGAUGCUCAAGGCAGAGCUCACGUCCAACGAAAUGGAGUCGCUCUUGUGCAAAUAUCUGCGAGAUAAGCCGCGCCAGCAAAUUCAACAGCUGCUCACAGAUCUAAAGAGCGCGCAUAUAAGAAAUCCUUUACAUUUGGGCAUUAUAGCCCAACGCAUGCGCGAUGGCCUGGACACCAAAUGGAAGCAAAUGAAUGCACCCAAGUUAACCAACAUUAUUGAAAGAUCGUUGGAUGUUUUAAACACUGAUGACAGGCGUUUGUUUCAAAAGACGCUCUACAUAUUUCCAGAAGCAGCUAAAAUACCCAUCAAUCUUUUAGCGCUAGUUUGGGAUGUAGACGAUGCCAGAGAGAUAGUGAAAAGACUUUGCGAUUGUUCACUGGUUGUUAGACAUUUCGACGCGGAGGAACGCCAGUCAAUUACCAUACCAUCUAUUUAUUUCGAGCUCAAAAUGCCUGCAGAAAAUGACGCUUCCUUGCAUGGAAAAAUAAUUGAUUACUACAACAUAACUGGACUUUUUGAGCAAUACGAUGAUACCACUUUGCAACUGCAGGAUUGCUAUUUUUAUAGUAAUAUCGGACAUCAUUUCAGCAAAGUGCAGGACUAUGCUGGAGGCAACAAUUUGUUUCGCAAAGUCUUGCUAGACUUUCGUUUCUUAGAGCAAAAAAUACGACAUGAUAAAACGCCCUGGAAUGCAUGCGGCUCAAUACUGCACACGCUGCAAGUCUUGAACAUUUAUAGAACACAAAUUACGGAAAACGAUCCGCACUAUGAGCAACUGUUGGAUGCACUGCUAGACUUUUUGCCCAAGGCUGAGGAGAAACUGAUAAGCUCACCUUAUACCUGCCUUAUGCUAAUUGCUUUGAUGACACAGCAGGGUCCUUUGUACGAGGAGGCACUGCGCCAGGUGCAGCACUUUCCUGAUCACGUUUGGUUUACCGAGCAUGGACGCUUUCAUCAGCAUCGACAAAUUAUAAAUCUGGGUCAGGACGAGGCGCAUCAUGCUGUCUACUUGGAUGGUGAUUACUGCUUGAUGGCGCUUAGCUCCAAGCAGCUGCUGCUAACGGAUGUUAGCCUAAGCGAAGGUACGCCCAAGACGUAUUUGCUCAACGAUGACAACGAUGCGAGCAAUAUACUCGAAUUGCGCGUAUUUCAACAGCAGCUGUUAACACUGCAUAGCAAUGGCAGCCUAAAGCUUUGGUCGCUGCGCUACCUUUUGCCAGAUCGAGCGUACAACAGCUGCGACAGCAAUCCGCAGGCCACGCCCACCAAAUAUUGCCAACAAUUGCAGUCACUGCCGCGUCGCCAUGAGCUGCUCAUCAAUGACUUUGUGCAGCGACGCAACAAAGAGCAGCGCAUAACAGCUUUCUAUUUGGACGAUAGAUCUGAAGAGUGCAUCAAACUGCAUGUGGCGUUCUACAAUGGCGACAUCUGCAUACUGGACUGGAAGCCGCAUGAGGAAAAGUUUCGCCAAUCACGCACCACACCCGCACUGGAAACCAAGCAGCAGCAUGUGCAAUGCUUUAUGCAAGUGCUGAAUCGUUUCUAUGUGCUGUGCACGCUGGACUGCACACUGAGUGUCUGGGAUUUGCAGUGCAGUGCCCUGGAAUUGAGGUGCGUGCAGUUCACGCAGCGCGGCGAUGCGGCGCUGUCUAUGCAAGUCUACAAGGAGCAGUCCAGUGAUGGUCAUUUGUACACUAUACUCUUGCUCAUAUGCAAGCUGAGCGUCUGGCGCUUAAGCUUUGAGCAUCAAGACUUUUUGCGCAUAGGGGACAUGCAGCCGGAGCCAUUGCCACUAUACGAUUUGGGCGAUGCAGUCAUUACCUGCGGCAAGCGCACUCAGGAUGGUCGUUAUCUCAUACUGGGCACCUGCAUGGGCUUGUUUGUCUACGACUUGAAGUUCAAGUCGCACCGUGUGCUGCGCAGCAAUGUGAGCGAGCAUAUUCUAUGUCUGGAUGUAUACGAUCUGCAUGAUGCAGUCUAUAAGUAUAUUGUGCCUUGUGGCGCGGCGGGCAAGCGUUUGCUCUAUGUGCACACCCUGCGCCAGGUAGCGGGCGUUGAUAAUCACGCCAUUACCUGGGUGCAUAAUGUAGAGGAUCACGAGAGCGUAAUGUCUGAUGAGCGCGGCUUUUUGGAGCCCAAUGUGCACUUGCGUCCUCUGCUAGUGAAUAACAAAACCAAUGGCACGCUUUAUGCUGUGGACACCAAGGCGCGCAUUCAUCAAAUACACACAGAGCUCAUAGACUUGCAAUGCCGGCGCAACAGCUGCAGUGCCAACUGGUCCAUCAUACCCACGCCGCCAAGUCAAUCCGCCAUGACUGCGCUUUGUGCCGCCUCUGAUACAAUCAUAGCUGGCUAUAGCAAUGGCAGCAUUGUUAACAUAGGCGCCAAUCAGCCGCUCAUACAAAACUAUAUCAGCGAACCCAUCGACUAUAUGAAAUUGCAUGGCCCGCUUUUGAUUGCUUCAGCGCGUUGCGCGUCCAAAACUGUUAUAUUACCCUGCUCGACUGAGGCAGCAACACAUUGGCCCAAGGAGCUGAACAUAGACACCAUGUACUCACGCAUCUUUGAGCAGCGCUUCCUGCUAUUGUUCUCCAAACUGGGAUUGUUUUACAUUAACAUUGAAAAUGGUUACUCAGAGGCGCUUGUUACGGAACCUGUUGGCGAUGAUCUGCUGGGCUUUGACCUGCAUAAUUCACAGCUCUUUUUGGCAUUCAGAGAUAAUAUAAUUAAGAUCUAUAAACUAUUUGUGCUGGGGGAUCAGCUGCGCUGUCGACAAUUGCUGCAGGAGCAGAUAACGGAGCGGCAGUCAAUUAACUAUUUAACUGUUUCGCAGGAUACACGACUGCUGGCCUUGUCCUUUGAGAGCGGCGAGAGCUCGGCAGCAUUACAGGUCUACAGCUAUGACGGUAUCUUGAAAUUGAUAUAUGCCAUACCGGAAAUACCAGAUCGCGGCCAUGAGAUGCAGCUGCGUUUCUCCCCAUGCAAGCAGCUGCUUAUCAGCUGCGGUGAUCAAUUGUGCUUCUGGAAUGUGAAGCAUAUGCUAAACAAUCAGACAACAAAUGCGCCAAAGCGACUUAGUCGGCGCUUCAGGACUGAGCAAAAAGCUAAGGGCUGUGAGGAGGUGGAUGCAUCGCGAUGGACGGGCACAGUCGAGGAGACGCAGCCAUGCGCGCAAUCACCAUCAACAUCAACAUCUGCUGGUGCUGCUGCAGCUCCAGCUCCAAGUCCUGCCUACAACUGGUCGGAUAAACGUGGUCAUGCCAAAUUGCCAGCGCUGUUGAGCUGCAUUAAGUUUGUGGGCAAAACAGCGCGUCACUUUUAUGCCAGCGACAAUUUCACGCAGUUUUAUGUAAUUGAUGAUGAAGGCGUAUUCUAUCAUCUCAAGCUGCUGGAGCAAGUGCAGCUAAAGGAAGACAGCGCUGAACUGCCAAUCGCACAUGAGCUUAUAGAACUGCCAACUCUGGACUAUGCGCAGUACAAGCAAACGCAUUUGGUUAGUGUGGAGACUGAGGAGCAGCUUGAUGCGCUUGCAGAUGAGGAUGCUGGUGUUGAUGUCGUUGGCAAUGUUUGCAUGCCGUCUUUGGCGAGCUACGAUCAAACGGACAGCAUUUGACGCCAAAUGUGCGCUGCUUGGCGGCGCACUGAUCACUUCAAUGAAACGACUCAAUCAUUUAUAGGUCUCUUGUUGUAUUAUUUACUAGUUUUAGUGUUCUAUUGUAUUAACUUGCAUUCCGCGCUCUAGUGCGCUGAGAUCGUACAUACUAUCAUUAAUUGUUAAGUGUUUUAACAGACUAAGUUACAUGUGUUAGGUAAAAACAAAGUCAUUUUUUGUUCGCUAGCUGUAUGUAAACGAAUAUAAAUAAACUAUUUUA